AAACCACACAGUUGAUGUAGAAACUCCGGACAAACUCUGAACGCUCCCUGUUUACAGGAAUUUAACAAGCUGAUCAGGAUGCUUACAUCUCUCCUUUAAAGCGCACAUUUAAAACCCGAGCCUGUGGACCGCUGCAGGUGCACACCAGGAAACAGCUUAAUGCAUGCUCUGGAUCCAGGAACUUCCUCUUUGCUUGGACUUCCAGCUUCCCUCCUUCAAUGAACAAAGCACAUUCAUGUCCAAAGCAGCUGGGCAGCACAAAAGAAACAAUCCUCCAUGAUGGCAGUGUCUUCACUCUACAUUACAGAGGAACCUGGAGCUGGAAUCACUGAACUGGAUAUAUGUGUUCUUAACAGUAAUGUGCAAUACGAAGUCAUCCCGUCUGUCGUGUGCUCCGUCUGCCUUUCAUUCGGCCUCAUCUACUGCUUUUUUGGCUAUCGCUGCUUCAAGAUGGUCAUGUUCUUCUCCGGCUUCAUGUUUGCCUCAUCCGCCGUGCUCCUGUUCUACCAUAAGGAGCCAGACUUUACGGGUCAGUUGAGAGAGGACGCCAAGGCGGGCAUCGGGCUUGGAGUCGGCGUGCUGUGUGGACUGUUUACCGCGCUGCUUUCCACGCUGGGACUCCUCCUCUGUGGCCUGCAGCUCGGAAGCCUCCUCUCCCUGUCCAUGCUGGUGAUUGUGGGACAGUUUCACAGCCUUACUCCAGUGUGGGUGCCUCUUUGUGCCGUACUGGCUGCCAGCAUCGCAUCUGCUGUGUUCACGCUGCAGUGGCAGAGGUUGUUCAGCAUCUUCUACACGUCUGUGUUUGGAGCUACGACCGUGAUGCUGUGCGCGGACUACACGGUGGGCGCGUUUGUGCUGCCGCAUCAAGUGUAUGACGUGUUUUGUGAAGCGGCUCCGCGACCCUUCUGCUGGUUUAACUGGGCAAUCACUGGGAUCUGUCCUGUUUUGAGCACCGUGGGCGUGUUGGUGCAGUGGUGGUUUACUGCGAGGGGAGUUUCACACUUUGAAGGUGCAAAUAAAAAACAGAAGAAAUAUGGAACGAAGCAGAAAAGUAGAGAAGACAGGAGAAGACCUCGGCCAUACCGGCAGCGCAGGCCUCCGCCUCUGAAGCGAUAUGCUGGAGAUGUCCUCGCACCAAGUUAUCUCCACAAACUCCAAGAGCGUCAACUGGGCACCGGCUCCUCCACCAGCAGCGUCAGCACCAUCACACACACCCUGAUCGACUUCAACUUCGAGACGGGCUCCAUGGUGCCUCUUACCUCCGCCUCCCCCAUCUUCACAGUCUAACCCAAAGAGCAAAUCUCUGGGAAAGUAACUUUGAACUGUUUACUUUCACAAAACUUGUUCAGAUAUUUUAGUUUCUGCUUUGGGUUUUCUUCACAAGCUUUAUUGGACAAUUGUCCGUCUUUCCUGAUUGUUAAAUUACAUUUAUUAUUCCUCAGCCUCAGAAUUCCAACAUUCUUUGAGAAGUUUUAUUCUCACAAUAUUUGUAUUCACCUUAAAAGAGUGUGCUGUUAAAUGUAAAUAUCAAAAAACUUUUCUUUUUUAAAGGUGACCUUUUAUGCUUCCAACCAGAUUAUUAUUGGCUUUCGAUUCAUGAAAAUUGUGUUCAUUGCAAUUUUUUUGCACAAAAUCAUUCUUAGAUUUUGGGAUUUUAGUCGGGUCUGUUCUACCUAUUUGAGUUCCUUCUUUGAAAAGCGUUAGUAGAGCCUGCUGCACAACCAAUAAGAAUGCAGCAACUGUUUUCUGGAUGGUAAGCCAACUAAAAACACUUGACUUUUCCAGCAGCUACAUACAGCCAUUGUACAGCAGUAAAGCCAGCUGACCAAACAUGCUGGAGCUCAGCUAGGUAACGGCACAGUGCCCAUUGAUUGUGGCAUGUGUUUAGGUUUAGGAGGUUUUUUAAGUGGCUCAUUUUCCAGAUACCUAAAAACAUUAACUUAGUACCAAACACCAUUUUUUAGGCGCUCCGGCCCAAAUGGAAGUAUAAAAACAUGCAAAAUGUGAAUUUGCAUAAUAGGUCUCUUUUUUAAAAAAAAUUCUUCAUGUUUGGAACAGUCCAUGCCACUUGAUGCAUCCAGAUCCAAACCAUAUCUUAUUUGGGCAAUGAUAUGGAUGUCCUGAUCAAGGCAUAUUAGAACAAUGUUGGUCAAACUCAACUCCCAACACCUGUUGUUCUUGGACUGGCUGUGAUUUCAUGUUAGCCAACAAGCUUCGCCGUCACGGUUUGUGCUCCAGAUUUUUUAAACAUGGCAGCCAAUUUUUAUGUGCAUAACUUUCAAACUAUGUCAGUUUUUAUACUGUAUUGUAGGCUCUGCAUAUUAUUUUGUUUGGUAUUUUCCUAACAAAGUGAUUGUUUUUCAAGACUUAGAGGGAUGUUUGCAGAAAAAAAGAAGAAAUUGGCUGCUGCAGCUUCCCUGCACGCAACUAGAAGCUAAGUUUUUGAAGCAGAAACUUUUGUACUGUUGGCUUUCCACUAGCUGGAACCACAUUGAGUUAUCAACAAGUCAUAUCACAAUAGAGAGUAAUGCUGACAUUAGCUUAGCACUUUGUGAAACUGCUGAGCAGGAAAACAUCAUUAGCAGUAGCAAGUUGAAGGAUGUAGUUGUACUGAGAGAACAAAAUGUAAAAUUUUAACCAAGUUAUGCCUGUGUUGACAGCAUAUUAAACCUGUCAAGAUUCUUUUGGGACAAAAUAUGCAAAAUAAAUACUGCAUAUGUAAAAUAAAGGGAUAUGUGGAUCAUGAAA